AUGUCAUUGAUGAACCCACCAACAUGUUCCUCAUCGUCGUAUCGUUUUAGCGAUCUACCCAACGAAAUGUUCUUUUUGAUAUUGUCCUAUCUGGACCAUCGGCAACUCAUUGAUGUCAUGUCCCUCAGCAGGAGCUUCCGAUUGUGGUCUUUUCAAUUUCUUCUUUCUCAUUUUCAUUGUUCUAUCCAUACCGAUGAAUAUUGUAGUAGUACUGAGGAAAUGAUUCAUUGCUUGAGAGUACUUCCACAGACUCCCUUUUCCAGCGAUCAGAGAAGAUUUUACGGAUAUUUUAGUGUGGGUGAAGGAAUGAAUGAGUCCAAACAAUUGAAGACUUCCUUCUCGAGAGAUUAUUUGAGACUCAUGGUGAAAGAAUUAUUAAAUACUUCCACCGUUGUGAGAUUGGAUUUGACAAGUUUCAAACAAUUAGUUCCGGUGUUUUUGGGAGAUUCAAUUUUGGGUCAGAGCCUAUUGAAAACAUUGAUAUGGAAUAAUGACUUGAGACAGUUAUAUCUGGAUGUCAAACCCGACUCGGAUAAUGUUACACGACCGUGGAGUUGGGACGACUUGGCAAAUGCCAUUGGAACGGACGCAUUAUCACAACUUCAUACUUUGAAUGCUUGUGGAUUAAAAGGAUCAUGUACCAAAAUGUUGGAAAAGUUGCAAAAUAUUCGAGUAUUGAAUUUGAGAAGUGACGUAGCAAUUCCAAUGGAAAAGAUCGUGACGCUCUCACAUUUGACACAUCUUUCUUUGAAACACAACGAUUUACAGGAAGACAAUAUCUUUGAAAAGACGAAUUGCAAUCUUGAUCAACUAUUGAGAAAUAUACACCAACUCAAAUACUUGACUGUUCUUGAGGUGAUUGCCGGCCAAAAGACAUUAUUUAUUCGGGAUGAUACAGAAAUGAGAACCUCGCUCAGUAACUCCUAUUUGAAAAAGCUUACCAUUGUUUGUGAACGUAUGCAAAUUGAGUCAAUAAUUGUUGAUGCAAGCUCUACUGAACCAGCACCACUGUCACAAAGUUUUCCACAUUUGAAAGAGGCACAAUAUUUGUUUGGGUUUACAAGUGUGACCAUAUCUACAACUAAAUUAUUGUCCGUGCUUGUACCUCAAACUGUAGAACGACUUGAUCGAUUAGUAGUAUCAGAAAAAUUGGAUUUUGGCCUCUUCUCAAACAUCAAAAUCAAAACACUGGUCGUUUGGGGUUUCUCAAAAUCCGUUCCAAACAUGCAUUUCGAAGAACUGGUUGUUGGAACACGAUUCAAAACGUCUAACAUUUUUGCCAUUGAUGAUCUCAUUAACACAAACAACUCUGAUAUAACCUCCCUUCGAUUGCUGAAUUAUGUUCAAUUGCAAGGAUAUAACUCUUGGAAGACAUUGUCUCUUCUCAAACACCUUCACUUGGAAGGAUGUACAAUUGGAAUUGAGUGGUUAGCAGCAAUACUCAAAGCCUCACAACGCACUUUGCAGACAGUGAAAUUGGAGAGGUGUAAAAUUGAAAAUCCUUCAUAUAUUACCAAUUGGAAAGCGUUAACAUUGAGCUUCUCUGCCUUGCCAAAGCUUGUUGAAUUACGAGUCGUUAAUUGUUCCAACCAUGAAUUUUUUAUAUCUUGUCUAUCACAUAUUACUUUGAAACAAUUGGAAAUUCUUGAGUUGGUAGAGGUUUGCAACGUCACGAGCGAAACGCUGAUGAAUUUCUUUACAAACUCAAUAGGAAAUGCGAGUUUGAAAUUUUUCAAAUUAACUGAUGCUUGUGUGGAUGAUAGCAUGUUACAAACCAUCAUCACCUUGUCACAUGGAGAAAUCAAUACCACAGCUAAAAGCGGUUUAGUAACUAUGGAAGGAUUAUUAUCAAUACCAGACGAAUUAUUUGCUACUAUAUCAACCUUUAUUCUCCCAGCAUUAGAAAUUAAUUCAAACAAUAUUGAAGAGUAUUUCAAAGUGUUGAGCAAGUUAGAUCCAUCCACACUCAAGCGAUAUACCAUUUGUUUAUCUAGCAUUGAAUUAUAUUGUGACGUUUUUAAUUUUUUGAUACGUACUGGAUUUAACUUGGAACAAUUCAAUGUCAUUCUUUCAGAUCGAUUGGCUGUGCAGUCAAAUUCCAAGCUUAAUACGCAAAUUGCUGAUUCCUUGAAAAACUUAAUUCGAGCCAUGAAAAGUUUGCGAGGAAUGGUUUUGGAUUGGUCUCCAUUCCUUGCAAGUGAGUUUGAUGAAUUUAAACAAGCCUUGAGAAAAUCCGGUCGAUCAUGUCCCAAGUUGAUCUUUCCCAUCUCCAGCUUGAGUCCUCUCAAGUAUCCACAAGCAAUCCCUCAGUCCUAUCGAUACUCGAACUCAUCCUGCACUUGCAUGUAA